AUGGAGAAUUUGGGGCUAGCGCUCCAGCUUGCCCUCAUAUCCAAGAAAGACUUUGUCAUACAAACCACUGAUUACCAUAAGUGUUUGAACUCCCUAAAAUACUUGGCCACUGAGAGGUUUAACAUUGAUGAUAUAGUGGAGGUUGAUCUCCAUGCUCUAGACGUUGAUUUCAAUGCUAUUGCGGAAAGCAUUAUUAAUCCAGAGGGUUUUGUCUACAGUAUGGUCAUCUGGAAGAAUCUAGAGACUGUGAAGCUCGAUUUCGAUAAAAAACGCAAUCUUCUACGAGUCUUGGAUGAGUUAUCGAGGUACGGCAAGGUGUCAUCGAGAAAUACUGACCAUGAGCCUUUUCAAUUGGGCGACCGGAUGGUAAGAAAGCCACCAAUCUGUAUUUUGGUUCCCAUCAUUGUCAAUGGUACUCAUAUGCCAAAGAUAAACCCGCAGAUCAAGAGCCGCUUUUUCUAUUCCCAGCUAUACAUCCCCCAGGACGGCGACGAGUUAAAGCUACAAUCAAGUAAUAAAGACAUCUUGCUGGCGAGAUGCAGUCUAGAGACCGUUUUUGUGAAGGCCACUGUUGAAGAGUACGCCUUCUCAUUGUUCGUGUUCGCCAGAUCACAUCGAUUAUGCUCCUUAGCUCCGCUUUCUAGUCGACCGCCUUUAUCUGCGAGAGAAAAUGUUCUUUUAUUGGCUAAGGCGUUAGUUGUUGCAAGAUCUGACGACGAUGAACGACUAUUUGUCACGCCGGAGCAUGUCAAAGUUGCCUUUCGAAAGGUGACAUCCUGGCUCAUAGAUUGGGAAACAAACCCUCUUUUUAGUGGCACUGGCGAAAAAGAUGAUUAUAGGAAAAAAAUGGAGAUCUCCAUGCUCACAGGUGAUUGGUUUGGAAGUGAGUGGAGGCACGUUGAAAAUUACUUAACGAAGAAUGCUUCGAAACCAGACAAAAACUCGACGACUGGAUUCACCAACCCAUUAGUUGAGGAUGUUUUGUUUUUCAAUCCCCGUGUGGCUGCUGGUUUAAAUAUGACGGACAUUCCCAUCAAUUUCACCCAAUUGGCUCAGUUGACCCAAUUGGGCAUUCAACAGCAGUCGCUUGAUUUUAAGUCAACCACCCUUGAAUCUGAUCGCUACAUAUGUGUGCGUGAAAGCACUCAGCAAGGCAACACUGUCGCCAUCAUCGAUGCUCAAAACAACUUUGAGGUGACCAGAAAGAACAUGACUGCUGACAAUGCAAUCAUGCAUCCUACUGAGAAUGUGAUUGCUUUGAGAGCCAAUGGUACUGCUUUGCAGGUCUUCAACUUGGGUACUAAACAAAGAUUGAAGUCCCACACGCUAGAGCAACCCGUUGUUCUUUGGAAGUGGUUGACCAACGAGGUAUUGGGUCUUGUCACCGCAUCCACCAUUUACACGUGGAAUAUCUUCGAUGGAACCAACGACGGACCCGUCAAGCUUACCGACAGACACCACACGCUCAACAGCUGUCAAAUCAUAAACUUUGUUGCUGAGCCAGACCUAAAUUGGUUUGCUGUCACUGGUAUCGCUCAGGAAGAUGGCAGAAUUGCUGGCCACAUUCAGUUGUUCUCCAAGUCUAGAGGCGUUUCACAGGCAAUUGAGGGUCAUGUAUCUCGUUUCGCCCAGAUCACGCUCAGCGGUGCCGCUAACCCCACCAAGGUCUUCUGUAUUGGUAACAAGACUGCCUCUGGCCAGGGUAACUUGCACAUUAUCGAAAUUGACCACGUCGAUGGCAACCCUCCAUUCCCCAAGAAGACUGUCGAGAUUUUUUUCCCUCCUGAUGCCACUAAUGACUUCCCCAUUUCGUUGCAAACCUCCAACAAGUACGGAAUUAUCUAUAUCUUGACCAAGUAUGGUUUCAUCCACUUGUACGACAUCGAGACCGGCUCCAACUUGUUUGUCAACAGAAUCACUGCUGAGCCUGUGUUCACCGCCGCCCCCUACAACGACGGUACAGGUCUCAUCACCAUUAACAAGUCGGGCCAAGUUUUGGCUGUCGAGAUCGCCAAGGACAAAAUCAUUCCCUACGUUUUGGACAACUUGUCCGAUGUAUCUUUGGCAUUGUCGCUCUCCUCCCGUGGUGGUUUCCCUGGUGCCGAAAACUUGUUCCAGCAGCAAUUCCAAAACUACUUGAGCCAAGGUGACUACACCAAUGCUGCCAAGGUGGCUGCCUCCUCUGAGCAAUUGAGAACCCAGGAUACUAUUAACAGAUUGAAACACAUCACUCCUUCUCCAGGACAGAUUUCUCCAAUCUUGCAAUACUUCUCCACCUUGUUGGACAGAGGUACUCUUAACAAGUACGAGUCGAUCGAGCUCGCCAAGCCAGUCUUGCAGCAAGACCGUAAACCAUUGUUUGAGAAGUGGUUGAAGGAGGACAAGUUGACUUCCAGUGAGGAGUUGGGUGACAUUGUCAAGUCUUACGACACUGCUUUGGCUUUAGCUGUCUACGUCCGUGCCAACGUUAAUAUCAAGGUUGUCUCGUCUUUGGCCGAGUUGGGUCAGUUUGAAAAGAUCCUUCCUUACUGCCAGAAGGUUGGUUACAACCCUGACUACACUAAUCUUAUUCAAAACUUGGUCCGCGUUAACCCAGAUAAGGCCAGUGAAUUUGCUGUUUCUUUGUUGGCCAACGGCGAUGCUAAUUUGAACAUCGAGAACAUUGCUGACUUGUUCUUCUCCCAGAACUACAUCCAACAGGGUACCGCUUUCUUGUUAGAUGCUCUUAAGAGUGACACCCCAUCUGAGGGCCACUUGCAAACCAAGGUUUUGGAGACCAACUUGUUGCACGCUCCUCAAGUUGCUGACGCGAUCUUGGGCAACCAGAUGUUCAGCCACUACGACAAGCCAAGCAUUGGUAAGUUGUGUGAGAAGUCUGGCUUGUUCCAGAGAGCUUUGGAGCACUACGACGAUUUGAAGGACAUCAAGAGAGUCAUUGUCCACACCAACGUGUUGCCAGCUGACUGGUUGGUUUCAUACUUUGGCCAGUUAAAUGUUCAGCAGUCCAUGGCCUGCUUGAACGAAUUAAUGACCAACAACUUGCAGCAGAACUUGCAAAUUGUGAUCCAGGUGGCAACCAAGUAUUCUGAUCUUCUUGGGCCUCUCAACUUGAUCAAGCUUUUCGAAACCUACAAGUCCAACGAAGGUAAGUACUACUACUUGUCCUCUAUCGUUAACUUGACACAGGACCCAGAUGUGGUUUACAAGUACAUUGAAGCUGCAAGCAAGUUGAAUCAGACCAAGGAAAUCGAGAGAGUUGUUAGAGAUAACAAUGUUUACAAUGGUGAAAAGGUUAAGAACUUCUUGAAGGAAGCUAACUUGGAAGACCAGUUGCCACUCAUUAUUGUUUGCGACAGGUUCAACUUUGUUCACGACUUGAUCUUGUAUUUGUACAAGAACAAGUACUUCAAGUUUAUCGAGGUCUAUGUCCAGCAAGUCAACUCUGCCAACACUCCCCAGGUGAUCGCAGGUUUGUUGGACGUUGACUGUGAUGAGAACAUCAUUAAAAGCUUGUUGAUGUCCGUUUUGGGCAGAGUUCCUCUUAAGGAGUUGGUCGAGGAAGUUGAAAAGAGAAACAGAUUGAAGAUUUUGUUGCCAUUCUUGGAGAAGACCUUAGAGGGUGGCUCUUCUGACCAGGAGGUUUACAACACCUUGGCCAAGAUUUACAUUGACUCCAACAACAGCCCUGAGAAGUUCUUGCAAGAAAAUCAACAAUAUGAUACUUUGUCUGUUGGUAGAUACUGUGAGAAGCGUGAUCCAUACUUGGCUUACAUUGCUUACUCCAAGGGUAACAACGACGACGAGUUGAUUAACAUCACUAACGAGAACAAGAUGUACAAGUACCAGGCAAGAUAUUUGUUGGCUAAAUCUGACUUCGACUUGUGGGCAAAGGUGUUGAGCCCAGACAACGAGUACAGAAGGCAAUUGAUUGACCAGGUUGUCUCUACUGGUAUUCCAGAAUUGAGUGAUCCUGAGGCCAUUUCUGUCACUGUGAAGGCAUUCAUGGAGAACGACUUGCCACAGGAGUUGAUUGAACUUUUGGAAAAGAUCAUCUUAGAGCCAUCUCCUUUCAACGACAACACUUCCUUACAGGGUUUGUUGCUUUUGACUGCUAUCAAGGCCGACUCAACCAGAGUUGCUAACUACAUUGAGAAGCUCGACAAGUUCGAUCCCAACGAAAUCGCUCCAUUGUGUAUUGACAAUGAUUUGUUCGAGGAAGCAUUCGAGAUCUACGAUAAGUUUGAACAAAGAACUGAUGCUAUGAAGGUGUUGGUUGAGGACAUCAUGUCGCUUGAUAGAGGUGAGCAGUACGCCGAGAAGCACGACACCUCGGACUUGUGGUACCAGUUGGGUACCGCUCAGUUGAACGGCUUGAGAAUUCCCGAGGCUAUCGACUCGUACAUUAAGUCUAAAAACCCACAGAACUUCGAGCAGGUUAUUGAAAUCGCUGAACGUGCUGGCAAGGAGGAGGAGUUGGUUCCAUUCUUGGACAUGGCUAGAGAGACUUUGAGGGAACCAGCUAUCGACAAUGCUUUGAUCAACUGCUACGCCAACGCCAACAGAUUGACUGACAUCGAGAAGUUUGUUGCUGGACCCAAUGUGGCUGUUUUGGAAGACAUCGGUGACAAGUUGUUCGAGGCAAAGAACUACAAGGCCGCUAAGAUUUUGUACUCCAACAUCUCAAAGUACUCCAAGUUGGCCACCACCUUGGUUUAUUUGGAGGACUACCAGUCUGCUGUUGACUGCGCCAGAAAGGCUUCCAACACUCAGGUUUGGAAGCAGGUCAACAGUGCCUGUAUUGAGAACAAGGAGUUCAGAUUGGCCCAGAUUUGUGGUUUGAACUUGAUCAUCGAUGCUGAGGAGUUGCCAGAGUUGGUGAAGACCUACGAGUACAACGGUUACUUCGACGAGGUUAUUGCUCUCUUCGAAAGCGGUUUGGGUUUGGAGAGAGCUCAUAUGGGAAUGUUCACCGAGCUUGCCAUUCUUUACACCAAGUACAAGCCUGAGAAGGUGAUGGAGCAUUUGAAGUUGUUCUGGUCUCGUAUCAACAUUCCAAAGGUCUUGACCGCCUGUGAAUCCGCUCACCUUUACCCAGAGUUGAUUUUCUUGUAUUGCCACUACGAGGAGUGGGACAACGCUGCCUUGACCAUGAUGGACAAGUCUGAGGUUGCCUUCGACCACAGUUCUUUGAAGGAGAUCAUUGUGAAGGUUUCCAACUUGGAGAUUUACUACAAGGCCAUCAACUUCUACUUGAAGGAGAACCCAACCCUCCUCGUGGACUUGAUGUCUGUCUUGAUUCCAAAGCUUGAUCUUCCAAGAGUUGUCAGAAUGUUUGUUAAGUCUGACAACCUUCCAUUGAUCAAGCCUUUCUUGAUUUCUGUGCUUGACAAGAACAACUCGAUUGUCAAUGGCGCUUACCAUGAUCUUUUGAUUGAAGAGGAGGACUACAAAUCUUUGCGUUCUGCCAUUGAGUCUGAGUCGAGCAACAGAUUCAACUCAUUGGACUUGGCUGAGAGAUUGGAGAACCAUGACCUCAUUUUCUUCCGCCAGAUCUCCGCCACCUUGUACACCAAGAACAAGAAGUUUGCCAAGUCUAUUCAAAUCUUGAAGAAUGACAAGUUGUGGGCUGACUUAAUUAAGACUGUUGCCAUCUCCAAAUCUACCAAGCUUGCGCACGAUCUUUUGGAUUACUUUGUUGAGACUGGUAACCACGAGGGUUUCGUUGCCCUCUUGUACACCGCCUACUCUUUGAUUGAGUACGACUAUGUGAUUGAGUUGGCUUGGUUGCACAACUUGGGCAACUUCAUCAAGCCAUACGAGAUUUCUGUCGCGUACGAGAACCAGAGGAAGUUGAACGAGGUCUACGAGGACUUAGAGAAGAGAAGAGCUGCUGAGAAGACAGAUGAUGAGCCAGCUGCUGGGCAGCCAUUGAUGAUCACGAGCGGUGCUGGCUUGGGAAUGAACAACACCGGCUUGGGAUACCAGCCCACGGGCGCUGGAUUCGGCAAUGCCUUUUAA